AGGGAGGAAAUGGUGAGGAGGAGCCUUUGACUGUGUGUACUAGGAAGAGCCGGCUCUCUAAUGGGAAUCGGCUCUUGUGAUUCACUGCCAAGCAUCGGCUCUUUUGCGCAUGACACAUCACGAAUGCAGUGGAUGGAGGAGGGGGGACUGUUUGUUUGUGUAUUAAACGUUUUGCACAGAGACGUCGCGCAGACGAGAAACUAGCGGCAGCACGAAGCAAACAUGUUUCUGCAAAAACUGUUGGUUUGUUUGUCGACAGCUUAUAUGGUCUGCUUCAUGCUGGGACUCAGUCUCACACUGAGGAUUUUGCAUUUUAUUUCACCAAGUCUCGCCAGGAAGCAGAUCCUCCGGAUGGGAGAGAAGAUCACCAUGACCCAGAACCCCAAAUUUAGGUAUGAGGAUUGGGGUCUGACCUUUAUGUCUUUCACCUUCAUCAAAACAGCCUCUCGGCACAUGUGGCAGUCUCUCGGACAGGAGGCUUUUGUCGGGAAUAAAGCUCCAGACUCGGCUUUGGUCUCCAUGGAUAAAGAGAAGACAAGCAUCUAUAAGUACCUGAAAGACAACAGACCGCUGGUGCUGAAUUUCGGAAGCUGCACCUGACCCCCGUUCAUGUACAAACUUGACGAGUUUAAGCAACUCGUCAGGGACUUCAGCGAUGUAGCCGACUUUCUUGUGGUCUACAUCGCUGAGGCUCAUUCAACAGAUGGGUGGGCCUUUACCAACAACUUCGACAUCAAUCAGCACCAGAGCCUGGAGGACAGACUGUCUGCAGCACAGAUCCUGGUUCAAAAGGAUCCACUGUGCCCCGUUGUUGUGGACGAAAUGGAUAAUGAGACCGCCACAAAGUAUGGCGCUCUGCCUGAGAGGUUAUACGUGCUGCAGGCUGGCCAAGUCGUCUACAAGGGGGGGUUGGGGCCGUGGGGCUACAGUCCACAGGAGGUGCGUUCUUUCCUGCAGAAGAGGAAAUAAGAAGGUUGUUAAAUCAAGUGGAGCCAUUUCAUUGCCAUCCUCCAGUCUUCUUAUGGUGUGGGGUCUUUCUACAUCUCUACAUUCUUACUACUGUUAUAUCACUUAUAUAAUACUACUCAAUCUUUGUUUUCAUUAUUAGACUCAAAUCAGUUCGCUGCCAUGUCUACAUGUAGCUGUAUACCGAUCUGCCAUAACAUUAUUCCAGAUAGUGUGUGGGACUCCAGGUUGCUGCAAAACCUGCCCCGAAACACAGAGGAUAGACUCCACUAGACCUUUACAGGCCUGCUGUGGUAUCUGGUAUCAAGCUGAUCCUUUAAAUCCAGCGGCAUGAUGAGGAAUCCAUGGACUUUUUUUAGUUAUGCGUUCCACCGACACUCUCUUGGACUGAGAUCUGAGGAAUUUAAAUGCCAAAUCCACACCUUGAACUUUUUGCGUUCCUCAAAACAUUCCUGAGUCAGAUUUUCUUCCAUCAUUCCUUCCAUUUGCGAAGUUUUCCCUGCUUCUAAAUCAAGUUUGGUGACAAAACGUUGAACUUGCUGGCGCCCACUGACAGGCUCCACGAUAAUCAGAUAAUCUUUGUUGAUCACUGCACCCGGCGGUCACGGCUCACUGGUGUUUAGUAGUUGCUCUCCGACGUCAGACACCGACCAAGUAAACCCAAAACAGAAUUAAUAUUGCCCUGGUCUCCAGAAGCGUUCUUCAGCCUUUGAGCUUGAACUCACCCCUCAGUGCUUCUUCAUGACGGCUGCAGAUCAAACCGUCGGCCUCUGUAGCCAGAUUCAGUGAAACGCUGAGAGACGGGUUCGUGUCUGAGGUGACUGGAGUGCACAGGAGAUGCUGAGUGCUUUUCAAAAUCCGGUAUGAGUCAAGUCAGAGAAAGUACUUACUGUCUUCUUCCAUGGCCAUGUACGACAUUUUCCACCUGCGUCAUCUGACACUACCAUCAUUUUUCGGGAGGAGGCUGCUUUUUACAUGACGAUUACAGUGCAAACCUCUGGUAACUGUAAUCUGAUGAAAGACGACUUAAAAGUUGGCCUUCUCUGAAUUAUGAGGGAGCCUUCAUAGUUUGACGCACGUCAUGAAAUAGUUCUCGUAUGAGAGGAAGGGAUUCUUUUUUUUUUAUUACAUGGUCAACAAAUGAUCUGGAUGCUGGAUGGAUGUGAUAACAACCCAUCAUUUGUCACCCCUUUUCAGCUGCUUCUCUGACUCAUCAACUUUGCUCCUCGUUUGACCCAUUAAAACAAUAGCAUUGUUUUGAAAAGCUA